ACCUUCGCCUCUGUGCCCUGCCGACCAACGGAGUGACUUGCAUGACCAGCAGCGAAGCCAUGGACACCCUGGGGCAGUACAAGAUCACAGUGUGGGAGGAGGAAAGCUUCCAGGGCAAGCGCUGCGAGUUCCUCAUGGAGUGUCCCAGCAUCAUGGAGCGUGGCUUCCGCAAGAUCCGCUCCAUCAAGGUGGAGUCUGGCCCCUGGGUGGGCUUCGAGUACCCCGAGUACCAGGGGCAGCAGUUUAUCCUGGAGAAGGGUGACUAUCCCCGGUGGGAGGCCUGGAGUGGGAACAGCGGCUACCGGACCGAGCACCUCCUCUCCUUCCGGCCCAUCAAGUGUGCGAACCACAACGACAGUAAAGUCAUCCUCUACGAGGCAGAGAACUUCCAGGGGCACAAGUUUGAGCUGAGCGACGACUACCCCUCGCUGCAGGCCAUGGGUUGGGGCAACAAGGAGGUGGCAUCCAUCAAAGUGAACGCUGGAGCGUGGGUGGCAUACCAGUACCCUGGGUACAGGGGCUACCAGUACGUGCUGGAGCGGGACAGACAGAACGGCGAGUUCAAGAAGUACAACGAAUACAGCAGCCAGGCCCACACCAACCAGAUCCAAUCCCUCCGCCGCCCUGGCCACGCCAGCACAUCCGUGCCAGCAUCCGGCUCCGGCUCCGCCCUGGCAGGAGCCUUCCCACCCAGCCUUCUCCUCUAG